CGGACGGCGAUGGCGGACGAGGUUGAGGUGUUGGCGCGUGUGGGGUGCUUCUUCGCGGUGGUGUGGGGCUGUGGGCGGCUGUUCUCGCUCAUCCACGCCCAGUUGGUGGGGGAGAUCCUGGCGGGGAUCCUGCUCAGCCAAGAUGUGAUUGGAUGGCUGCCACCCAUGGAUUUGAUCGUCAUCCUGGGGCAGGUCGGGCUCAUCUUCCUGGUGCUGGAGGGCGGCAUGUCGAUCAACGUGCACUUGCUGCCGCGCAUCGGCCUGCGUGCGGUGCUUGUCGCCGUGACGGGCACCCUGCUGCCCGUGCUGCUCGGCUGGGCGUUCAUGACCAUCACUGGCAAAGGCCGCAUCGAGUCCAUAGCCGCUGGCGCCGCCCUCUCAAGCACAUCCAUUGGCAUGGCCAGCAAAAUGUUGCAGAGCAUGGGGCAGCUGAACACGACGCUGGGCAACUUGAUUGCCGUUGCAGCCAUGAUCGACGAUGUGUUGUCACUGGUCAUCCUGGCUGUGCUGCAACGCCUCGGAUCUGACAACGGCGGCGACGCUGGCAGUGACAACGGUGUCGACACCCCCAGCAACGUGACCUCAACCAUUGCUGCAAGCACAACCAGCACGACCAGCAUCGCGGGGGUCUCGACAAGCAACGGCGACAGCGCAUGGGUUUACCUCGAACCCGUUGUGGUAUCGUGUGCGUUUGUGCUGAUUGGCGCCAUCUUGGUGCAAGCUGUUCCGCGGAUCGAGCGUGCCGUUCCUUGGCGCCAGGAAGAGCACCGCAAGCAAGGCCUGCUCCUCGCCGUGCUUCUCAUCACGCUGGGCCUGGUGACCGCAGCUGGAUACACAGGCACCUCGUACCUCCUUGGUGCUUUUACGGCAGGAAUGGCGUUUGCAGACGUGCCUGGUGUACUUGACUACUGGCUGGAGCUGUCCCCGGUAUCCGACAUGCUCUCGUCCAUCUUCUUUGCCAGCAUCGGCCUCAUCGUCCCCGUCAACACCCUCUUCAAGCCCAUCCCGCUUGGGUACGGGGUCCUCUACACCAUCCCCGCCAUCCUGGGCAAGCUUGUCACGGGCGUGUUCGCGGGCGCGCUGCCCAAGGCGCAGGUUGUCGGAUGGGCCAUGGUUGGACGCGGCGAACUCGGGUUCUUGAUGGCGCAGGAGGCGUUGGAGGAGGAUCUUGUUGGCAGCGAUACAUUUAUCGCAUCCGUGUGGGCGCUGCUGCUGUGCACACUAUUGUCGCCACUCGCAAUGCGCCGUGCCCUUGACAAGCUGGAACGCACUGCAGAUGCGUACACGGUCGAGGACGAGGUGAGCCAGCACGGCGAGUUUGAUGACAGCUUUGAGGCCGGCAGGGGUGGCGCUGUGGUUGUUGUCGAGAGCACAGCAGGCAACAUCAAGAGGCGCCACACUCGCAGGGAUGGUGGCGUUCACCAUGACGGUGUCCGUGAUGACAGCACCAAUGGCAAUGACACUGGCGAUGGCGAUGGUGGCGGUGGUGUUGUGCUCGACAGCGGGGAGAAGGCGCUGCUGUCGUCAACAGAUGUCAGUGGCAUUGGAGCGACCGACUUGUCUGAGCCCGGCGCUCAAUGCGAAGUAAAGCGGUGGCGGCGCCGUGACAGUGGUGAUGAUCAAAGUGGCGGUGGUGGUGAUGUGCAUGGGAGGCAACACCAGCAGCACAUUUACCACGUUGGCAGCAGCAAUGACUCCAGCGUCGCACCGCAGGCGCCAGCAGCACAGCCGCACGGCCGCACGAACAGCGACGACCAAGACACACGACAAGAAAGCGAUGGCGGUGACGGUGAAGACGGCACGGGCGUUGGCGGCGGUGGAGACAACAGCGGGUCUGAGGAGGCGAUGCGUGUCCUGCUGCAGCAGGCAGAUGCUGCGUUUGCCGUGCAGACAGGGAGUGGGCAGCAGCAGCAGCAGCGGCUGCGGCGGAGAGAGAUUGACUUUCCAACACAUGCGACGUUGGCGGGAAGACAAGUGCGCAUCUGAAGUGGUUGUUGACUCUCACUAGCUUUCAUGUGUGUGUGUGUGUGCGCGCGUGUGUGUGUGCGUGUGUGUGUGCGUGCGUGCGUGCGUGUGUGUUCAUGUGUGGUUGAACAUUAAGAAUUGAAUUCACCAAAGGCUGGUGGUGUCUGUAUCGACGGCGUGCGGUGUGUUUGGUCUCACUGCACGUGUAUUUGUACAUUUCGAACAUGAGUAUUUGCU